AAGUUACAAGCUGGAACUCUAUAAACAUGAUUAUAAAUACCUGUGAAAAGUGGAUUUUUAAAGAGUUGUGCUUAUUAUGCGUUAUCGAUUGGCAUAAUUUUACAAACUUCUGAUUUAACAGCGUCUUUCAUCGAUAUGGAAUCGACCCGUCCCCUCCUGGUCAUUGCGGUGCUGAUGAACCUGGUCUUGUUGGGGGCUGCUAAACCACCACACAUCAUAUUCAUUGUGGCCGACGAUUUGGGAUGGAACGAUGUUGGCUGGAACAAUGACCAGAUGUUCACGCCCAACCUGGACAAGAUGGCCAGCCGUGGCGUUAUCCUCAACUCCUCAUACGUGCAGCCCGUCUGUACACCGUCAAGAAACUGCUAUAUGACUGGAUACUACCCCUUCCAUACUGGACUUCAGCAUAUCGCCAUACUGCCCGACCGUGCCGGUUACAUGCCGACCAAAUUCCCCACGUUACCCGAGAAACUGAAGCCACUGGGAUACAGCAACCACAUGGUUGGAAAAUGGCACUUGGGGUUUUGCAACUGGAACUACACACCGACGUAUCGUGGGUUUGAUUCCUUCAUGGGGUUUUACAAUGGCAAAGAAGAUUAUUAUACACGCAUGAUAGCAACCGGAUAUGACUUCCGCUUCAACGAUUCUGUGUACCACCCACAGGAAGGAGAGUACUCGACGAAUGUUAUAACCAAUCGGGCGAUUGAGAUAAUGGACUCUGUGGACCCAGUUAAUGACCAACUCUACCUCUACCUGCCUUUCCAGUCCGUACACGUUCCACUUCAGGUUCCUGAACGAUUUGAAAACAUUUAUUCAAAUAUUACAACGAAGGAUAGGCGUACUUACUGCGGCAUGGUUUCUGCACUGGAUGAGGCGGUCGGGAACAUCACUUCCGCCCUGAGAGACCGGGGGUUCAUGGACAAUGCUCUCAUCGUCUUCACCACUGACAACGGUGGACCGACAUAUACUUACUCGAACAACCUGCCGCUUCGGGGUUCCAAGACUACGCUAUGGGAGGGCGGUACGCGAGGGGUGGCCUUCGUCUACAGCGACAACCUACUCAACAAAACCGGAUACACCAACAACGAAAUGAUUCAUGCUGUGGACUGGUUUCCAACACUACUUAAACUCGCAGGAGGGGAACCAGACGCCGGUAUUGACGGGGUUAACCAGUGGCCCACCAUCAGUUCCGGAGCUCCAUCCGCACGCUCGGAGUUUGUCUACAACAUCGACGAGAUUUUCAAGAAUGCGGGCAUCAGGAUUGGCCAGUACAAGCUGAUUGAAGGUUCUCCGGGUCGUUAUAACAACUGGACGCCACUGCCGCCACAGACAGCUCCGGACUGGUCAAAUGCGUCCUUUCCGGAGCAUCAACUGUUUGACUUAGAAGCGGAUCCGACGGAGCACCAUGACAUAGCGAAUGACCACCCCGACGUGGUUUCCAAGUUGCUGGACCGGCUUAAUUUUCACAAGGCGACCAUGGUACCCGCCAACUUUCCACCCGCCAACCCCGCCUCGUAUCCCACCAAUUUCGGCGGCAACUGGUCACCGGGAUGGUGCUAGAUGGCCCAAAUACUCAUACCAAAUUCUCAUAUUCAUGAUGUUUGUAUGGAGAUUAUCUUGAGUAAAAGAAAUAAAUAUAUAAAAAAAUUGGUUUAAACAGUAUUUAUUUUUUAACAAAUAAACAUACACAUAUAAUAUAUAGAAUUGAGGAGAAAGCCAUAGUAUAUUAUUAUAAAAUUAUAUAUUAAUAUAAAAAUAUCAAUGUAUAAAAUUGUAGUGUAGGGUGCACAUGACUUUACGGUAAUGCAUGUUACCAGCGUCAGAUUGUUUAUUAAGUCCAAAUAAAGAGAGUUAGUUCAUAUGUUAAAAAUCUUCGAACAAAUGAUAAAGAAAUCUACUGAUAGCAUAUAGAACGAACAGUAUUUACAGUAAACGCAAAGGUAUUCACGAGUUUAGCAAGCAAGACAUUCCAGUAUGGUACAAAAUAUAAUUUAUUACUAUUUUAUAAAAGGUAUAUGCACCUUAUUAUAGCAACCAUGUGGCAUUUCACUUUCUCGGUCAAACAUUCACGCAGAUUGUUAA